AUGGCAGCGGUUGACCCCCUGCAGGGUGGAGUCACUGUUCCUACCUUUGAUCAGGACGACGACAGCUGCAGAGGCUCGGCUGAAGACGACUCAGAGCGUCUCACCUUUCAGGAGACUCCGUGUGUUUGUCCUGCAGCUCAGAGUCUCUUUUCUCUUCUGCAGGUGCUCGUCCUCGCUGCUGCCGCCAUGUCUCCGCUCCGAGUCGCUGCCAUGCUGCUGCUGCUGCUGCUGCUCAUCGUCACACCCAGCACAGGUCAAGGAAGUGACUGCAGCUGCAACAUCACCAACAGCCGUUGUGACGAGUCUGGAGUCUGCAGGUGUGACCCCGGCUGGGACGGCGAGCGAUGUGACCGCUGCGUGCCGAUGCCCGGGUGCCUGCACGGAUCCUGCCAGCAGCCGUGGCAGUGCAGCUGUGAGGCCGGCUGGGGGGGGCGAUUCUGUGACAAAGACCUGCACGUGUGCUCGGAGCAGCGGCCGUGUCGGAACGGAGCGACCUGUGUGAUGGAGGACAGCGGAGAUUACACCUGUCUGUGUCCGGAAGGUUUCCACGGCAGAGACUGUCAGCUGAAGACGGGACCAUGUCACCAGAGGAGGUCUCCGUGUAAAAAUGGCGGUCUGUGUGAAGAUGCUGACGGCUUCGCUGCAGAGCUGUCGUGUCGCUGUCUGGCCGGCUUCACGGGGCCGCGCUGUGAGACCGACGUGGACGACUGUCUGAUGAAGCCGUGUGCGAACGGCGCCACCUGCCUGGACGCCGUUAACCGCUUCUCGUGCCUCUGUCCUGCCGGCUUCACCGGACGCUUCUGCACCAUCAACCUGGACGACUGCGCCAGCCGGCCGUGCCUAAACGGCGGCCGCUGCCUUGACCGCGCCGGCGGCUUCCACUGCGUCUGCCGGCCCGGCUUCACCGGCGCCACCUGCGAAACGCCGAUGAGGAGCCACGACACCCGCGAGCCCGGCUGGACCACGCUGGGCUGGGAGGGAGGGGGAGCCAGACAUCACAUGACCACCGGCGGGAAGAACCAGAGGAGCAGCACCAGCAGUAACAGCAGUCGCUAUGGCAACAGGCUGCUGAAGGUGACGGUGAGCGAGCGCCGUGCGGCCGGGCUGACAGAGGUCCAGCUCAUCACGGUGCUGGUGCUGGCGGGGCUGACGCUGGGUAUGGUGGUGCUCACCGCCGCCCUCGUGCUGCAGGGUCGCUGCAGAGACUGUCGCCACGCCCCCUGCUGGCGGCCGCUGCUAACAUCAUCAUCAUCAUCAUCAUCGCCGGCGUCGUCACAGCGGCAGCGAGCGCGGCAGGACGGUGGCGAGCGCGAGUGUCAGAUCAGCUUCCUGAACGCAGCAGAACCAGAGAAGAAGAAACUGAACAGUGAGGUUAUUUAGACUGACGGGCGUCCAAGCAAACGAGAGAGAGAGAGAGAGAGGCGGUCCGCUGGCUCGACCCCACCCCCCUGCCUGGGCACUGCAGGGUCAGAGGUCAGAGGUCAGCGUCCACAGCUUCCUGCCGCCAGGUUCACGUCAGAAGUGGUCCGAUUGGCCCACGUCUGCUAA